GGAAAAAAGUUUCUUUUUGCACGCCUGGCCCGACGCCUUUCGAGAGGGGAGUCAUGGAGGAAGCCAUUCAGACGGUGGUCAAGGUCUUCCUCAAGUCCGGCAAAGGGAAGGACAGUUUGGGACCCAAAGACUUCCAGAACCUGGUCAAGAGCCAACUCGGCAACAUCCUGACGGACACGGAGAGCAAGGAGGCGGUUAACAACAUGGGCAAGGGCCUCGACGCUAACAAGGAUGGCAAGGUGGGCUUCGAGGAAUACAUGAGGCUUGUGGGCUACUUGGCCAAGGCGGUCAGUGAGCAGCGUUCCCGAGGCAAUCAGGCCCAGCCCGAGCAAAAGGGCCACGCCGCCGAGAACGCCGCCGCCGAGAACGCCGCCCCGGAGAACGCCGCCCCGGAGAACGCCGCCCCCGAGGCGGAAACCCCGGUAGUCAAGGCGGUAGCCGACGCCGACGGAAAGACGGAGGCCAAGUUGGACGUCAAGACGGAGGCGGAGCAGGCGGAGAAGCCGGCGGAGGUGAGCGCGCCCGGCGUGGAGUUGACCCCAGCUGCCGCGAACGCGUCCGCACCUGGCCCGGACGUGACCUCGCCGGCCGCGAAUGUGACCUCGCCGAGUGCGCAGGCGGUUGCGAAGAAGGAGAUCCCGGAGGCGGGAGAGACGGAAAAGAUGGUGGAGGAAGCGGCGGAGAAGAUGGCCGACGCGGCGGAGGAAGAAGCCAAGAUGAAGCCCGAGGAAUCCGCCACCUCGUAGGGGACAAUCGACGCAUCCAUCUGUCCGGCCAUCGCAGCAAUAAUAGUAACACCAAUAAUAAUAAUGACGCCACGUCAACACUAAGAGCCACCGCCACGGAUAAAGGCCUACAUUUAUGACCAAUAUAGCACCACUAGCUAGCUGGCUUACUUGAUUUGUUGACCAUCUCCAGGUCGUUGGUGACCUAGCGAGCUCAGUAGCUCUCUUAAUAGCUUUCUCUAGCCGUCUGUUUAGCUAGCUAUCGUAGACGGACGGGUACCUCGCUUUCUAUCUGUGUGAAUUUCCAAACGCCAGCCUGACUAUCGACAUGUAGAUACGACCGUAGAAAGCUGCCAAGUGGGCAGCCUGCAGUUGAGUCACGAGCAUCAAAACGGUGCUCCGGAGGAUAAGGGAGAAAUGUACGCCUUCCAUCUUACAAGCAUGAUCUGGCUCCGUCGACUUAUCCAUCGCCGCGGACUAAUGAGCUUUUUAUCUCCAGCAAGCUGUCUAACUCGCUAGCUGUUUUUACCAGUUAUCUAUCGCACGCACCUCCGUUUUUAGUCACAAGAAAUGAAGUUGUCAAGCUAGUCAAUUAGCUUCCAACUAGCUCACUAGCAUCGCAUGGGGCGGAUUUUGAUUCCACCUACUAACAUCUUGAAAUUGACCGUGAUCGAGCAGCCCUAAGAUGGCUAGCUAACCCGCUACUUGGCUGCCUCCUAUUCCAACAGCGCUGCUAACUAUACGACCGGAAUCCCAUUUAUGACUCUGAUUUAGAAGCGCUCGUAGCGUCAAAUGCGCAAAAUGGACGCCACGUCGACAAGCGCUGUCCUCAAGCGGAUCGACGUAGCGCCGAUAGCAUGUGCACGGCGCUCGUAGAGCACGUUGACCUUGGAUGGUGAAAAUACGGCGGCGUUGACGCAACGGUUAGGAUUUUUUUUUCAGUCGUGCAUUCCGCCGUACUCUUUCUUGACCUUCGUGACUUGAAUUCCUUUAGAGCCGAUUCAUUUUUUUCCACUUUUUGCGACUCACAAAUGCUUUUUGAUGCUGACAAUAAACAAAUUGCGAUGCCACUAACCCAACUUUGCAUCCCUCCUCAUUCCCUCCCCCUUCUUUUUUUUCUUCAUCUUCUUUUGAUAUGCUCCCUUCACCCGGAAGCAACACGCAGGCCCCCGCGGCCUCAAUGAGACGCUAAAUAAUGAAAACUCAAAGAGGGAAUCCAAAACGAUCCUCGUCGGUUACGACGGCACGUAGGAGAGGGUCGAAAUAGUGGAAAGGAGAAGGAGGGUGGAUCCUCGCAUUGUACAAUCAGUUUCAUGCGACAAAGCAAAAAAAGCCGACGGCAGCCGCGCUCUUGAUGCCAACUGGAUGGAUGGUGUUUCGGGGGGACUUUGGAGGCCAAAAGAAUCCUGGAAUCAUUGGGAAGCGGACGUUUGAUUUGGAAAAUCCAAUUUCAAAUGAAAAUGUCGGGCGCUUUGGCAAACCCUACUUUAGUGUUAAAAGUCCAUCUACCUUGUUGGUCUUCGGCGGCGUAACAUUUCCCAAUGCAGCCACAAUCCUUUUGUGUUAAAAAUCCAUCCCAAAUUCCACCGCUAGGGGCGGGGUUUGAGAAACAUUGCUAUGGUUUAGUUGUGUUUGUUUGUGGCCCUCGCUUGGUCUCCAAACCCUGUUUGAGCCGCCAUUGGAUCUCCACCCUUAGACAACAAACACCCUCGGGAUUCAACACGCGAGCGCACACAACUUCCUGAGAGCCAUCCCUUCCAUCUUGUUUGUCUUGCACACUGAGCCUCUG